GAGUUUGAGAGUAGUGAUCUAGAGGGUGAUAGCCUGCCUAGUUCGCGAACUAACUCUUCUGCCACAAAAGGCUAGAAGAUGUUGGCUUAUGCUGUCAAACCCUAGAGUUGAUCCCCCAUUUGCGAAAUGCUGUCAAAAUUCUCUCCCAAAAGAGUUAAUUUCCUUUUGCUUUGCCGCCGACGUCACUCCUAAAUUGGCCUCUGGAGCUGCUGCAUCACCGCGUCAUUGCUGUUGCAAUUGUCUCUUCAAACCUCGUGUCUAUCUUUCAUCCAGCCAGCUACUCUAUUUCGGGCUUGCAGAGAGACAAAUAACUGUUCAACUGCAAUCAAAUUGCUCCAAUGGGGCGUAAUGACUCCAAGUCUCCUCCUGCUAGACGCCGUGGGUCUCCCAGUAGGAGGAGCUCAUCUCACAGAGAAAGGUCUCCUGUUCGGCAGAGAAGUUCACAUGGUGUAGACAAGCCUUCAAGCCGCAACAGAUCCCCAAAACGUGUGAGGUCAAGAUCUCCUGCAUCUCAUUCACCAGUUAGAGAGAAGCCUUCAACUCGCAAUAGGUCUCCAAAACGCAGAAAAUCAGUCUCACCUCUACCUCAUUCACCAACCAGAGACAAAACUUCAGGCCACAGGAAAUCCCCCAAACGUCUAAGGUCAACAUCUCCUGAGUCAUCACCAAAGAUGGAAAAAUCUCGCUCACCUUCACCCCGGACUAGAAGAUUAAUGAGAGUUCAAGCUGAAAAAGAGGCUGAAAGGGAGCAUGAUAAAAAUCAUGGGAAGGGGGGUGACAGGACUAGGCACCCUGAAAAGGAUUCCGACAGACAUGAACCAAUUGAGAGAAGAGAACGAAGAUCAGGACGGGAUAGUUAUAAUAAUGGGUCUUCAAAGUCAAGGCAUGAAAGAUCGGCUUCUCCUGAUCAUUCCCAUAGGCGACAACAUAGAUCUCGAUCACCUGCUGUCACAAAUAGGAGAGAACGUGAUGAGGGGACACACACCAGAGGAGAUGAUCACAGGAAUAAUGACAAUGAUUCACUAACUAAGAUGAAGGCAGCUGAGGAGGCCCUGCAAGCUAAGGAAAAGGUUCAGGAAAAACCUUCAUUUGAGCUGUCUGGGAAGCUGGCUGCAGAGACUAAUAGAGUUAGAGGCAUAACACUUCUUUUCAAUGAGCCACCAGAUGCUAGAAAACCAGAUGUGAGGUGGAGAUUAUAUGUCCUUAAGAGUGGUGAAGUGUUUAAUGAGCCCCUGUAUGUGCAUCGACAAAGCUGUUAUCUUUUUGGGAGAGAACGCAGGGUUGCAGACAUUCCUACAGAUCAUCCAUCCUGCAGCAAGCAACACGCUGUUCUUCAGUACCGGCAAGUUGAGAAGGAGAACCCUGAUGGUACUUUGUCUAAGCAAGUAAGGCCUUACAUAAUGGAUCUCGGGAGCACAAAUGGAACUUUCAUUAAUGACAAUCGAAUUGAAGCUCAGAGAUACUAUGAACUCUUGGAGAAAGACACGAUAAAGUUUGGUAAUAGCAGCCGUGAGUAUGUAUUGCUUCACGAGAAUUCUGCUGGAUGAUGAUUAUUGAUUGACCGCCCGGAGGGUGCCAUUGGUGACAAUCAAUAUUUUGCAGGAAAGGGACGAUUAGUGUGCUGAUUAUUGUACUAUUCAUUCUCUUAUGAGAGAGGGAACAUCAUGGUUUUUUUUUUUUUUUUUUUUUUUUUUUUUUUGAGAAUUACAACUAUUUAAUUUUGGUGUAAACCUUUUAACUUCCUAAAGUUUCUUAUCAAAAUUAUUUCUUUGUUAGUUUGUCUUUAUUUAGUUUGAGACUUUGAGGUAAAUAUAAUGUGCAUUUCGAUCAUGUAACAGGCAUGAAUUUGAAAUGAUAAGUUUCUACGAGUCUCAGGGUAUUGAGUGUUAAA